CCAUCAAGUUGUUCAAUGUCGAGUCCCUCAAUCCCGCGAUGCAAAUCCGUUCCCAGCAUCCCAGAUGCUGGUAAACACUCCCCCUCGAGCUCGGACAUAACUGCAGCUUCAUUCAAGACCUCAAAGUCGGCCGAGUCUAUCGCCUCGACCCUCCAGAAGAUCACAAGAAAGAAAUGGAUAUCAUCAUCAUCUUCUUCCAAGAACUCCAAUCUGACAGUGGAGAACAUGAAGGAGUUUGACAGAAGAAAUGAGAUUAGAGAGGGAAAGAGAGAGCCUUCCAGCCCUUAUUACAGAGGGCUCACAAACCAAAAGAUUGGCAUUGAGAAACAGAAGCUGGCAGAAUCAAGUCCCCUCAGAGAAUCUUUCUCAGUGGCUAUGACUAUGAGUUCCAGUUUUGUUAAGAUUCAGGAGUGGCGAAACUCGAGGUUCGUGGCCAAGGGAAAGGAAGAUAGAACUGCCUGCAACCAGGAAACAAAAGUUAAGAGCAGAAGAACAGGAAACGAACAAGAAAAGAAUCAUGGUCACAAUUCUAGGACUGAUCUUUACACUUUGUUCAGUAAAGAGAAGCCCAUGAGGGAGAAAGUAUCAGAAACAACACAAUCCCGGAGCACAAAAACUCGAAAAGAACAAGGUAAAAAACAGGAGAUUCACCACAGUUCCAGGACAGGCCUUCACGAGAAGUCCUUGAGGGAGAGAGUAUCAGAACAGCCACCACCACUGCCCCAGCCGCCAAUCAUCGCCCCAUCACUGCCCCAACACCCGCCCGAGCCAUUGCCCUCCUCACGCCUAUCACUGCCAUCUCCACCACCAACGCCACUCGUGCAGCCAUCCGAGCAAGACAAAGAAUCAUCUCCACCUCCAGCUCAGGGAAAAUCUAUUGCAGAAGUGGAAGAAAAUGAAAUUAAGUUCAUCUGGGCAGAUAAGCACAGACCACAAUCUCUGAAAGAUUUCCUGUGCAAUAAAAAUAUGGCACUCGAGCUACAAGCCAUGGUACAAAUAUCAACUUCCCGAGAUCAUCAAUUCAUCAUCACCAUGAUAAAUGGAGGAUUCUAUCCCUCUUUUAAUGGAUCCAAACCUUUUUUUUUUUUUUUUUUGCAGGCAAAAAACUGUUGUGAUGAACAUUUCAUAUUUGAAGGGCCACCCGGAGUGGGAAAGAGAACAAUGAUUUUUGCACUGCUUCGCGAAGUUUUUGGCCCAGAUAAAGUACAGGCUAGAGAGGAACGCCAGGUAUUGUCUUUAAAGGGUGAAUCAGUGCCAAGCAUCAAAGUAAACGUAAAGGUAUCAAUGAGGCACAUCGAGAUCAAUCUCUCCGAAACUAAAGGCUAUGAGCAGCAUGUGAUUGUUGAACUUAUCAGAGGGAAAAGUAGCAAGCUCUCCGGUAUACCACUCCCGUGCAAUCAAGAAGACUAUAAAGCAAUCAUAAUAUGCGAGGCAGAAAAGCUAUCAACAGAUUCACUGCUUUAUAUCAAAUGGAUAUUGGAGAAGUAUAAAGGCUGUUAUAAAGUGUUCUUUUGUUGCAGUGAUGCAUCGAAACUCCAGCCUAUAAAGUCGACCUGCAAAGUUGUUCAACUUCACUCACCUUCGAACGAAGAGAUUAUCAAUGUUUUGGAAUUCAUAGCUGAACAGGAAGGAGUCGAGCUCCCACACCCACUCGCAGAAAAAUUUGCCAACAGUGCAAAAAGAAAUUUAAGACAGGCCAUACGAUCAUUCGAAGCAACCUGGCACCACAAUUCUUUGCUGAAGGAAGAUCAAGAAAUCAUGAAUGGGUGGGAGGAUGAUAUAGCAAAGAUUGCCAGAAAUAUAAUCGAAGAGCAAAGCCCAAGACAGCUUUAUGAAAUCCGCAGGAAACUUCAGAAUCUGAUAGAGCACAAUGUUUCUGCAGAGUUCAUCUUUUAUACUCUGGGAGAAGAGCUAAAGAAGAACUUGGACAAGCAGUUACAGAACGACAUAGACAAUCUACAGCAGAAAUACAAAAGCCAGUUGAACGGUGAGGAAUCGGGUAACAUACAUAAUGAUCCAUUACGACAGACUGUUCAGCAGUUUAUGAAGAUUGAAGGUGAGAGAAGUAUUUUCCAUACCGUAUUAGACUCAACGAUCAUCGAGUCAAUCCUCCAUGUUUAUCGUAUGAUUCGUCUUCUCUUUCUUUCUCCAAUGCAGAAUUCAUAGCAAAGUUCAUGAGCUGGUACAAGACUAAUGUAGUGAAGAAAGGGAAGCGCUGACAUGCCCCCCGUUCAGACCUGAAAAUAAUAAGUACUUCUACUAUGAUAUAUUUCUUUCAAACUUGGUUCAAUGCUGGAAUGUUUCAGCAGCAGAAUAAGAACCGAGUUAAUAAAUCAAACUCACUUUUCAUGUUUGUGUGAAAUUGGACUUGCAGUUGGAUGUAAAAACAUCGGAAUAAUAGCAAUGUAAAAUACUUUCAC